UAAUCAACUCUGGUGGCUCAGCUCUAAGCUCUGCCCUCACCCUUCACCCUCCCCACAGGUGGGUGGGGCAAAACUUCCAGACUGGCCUGAGGUGGUCAGAGACAGUCAGAGGUCCAGACGCACUGCACCAUGAGUGUCUCUGUGCUGAGCCCCACAAGACUCCUGGGCAGUAUCUCUGGGCUCCUGCACGUGGCCUCCCUGCUGCUUCUGGUUCUGCUGCUGCUCAAGGCAGCCCAGCUCUACCUGCUCAGGCAGUGGCUGCUCAAAGCUGUCCAGGAAUUCCCGUCCCCUCCUUCACACUGGCUGUUCGGGCACAACCAGGAGUUCCAAACGGACCAGGAGCUACAACAGUUUCAGAAAUGGGUAGAGAAAUUCCCAUGUGCCUGUCCUCGCUGGCUAUGGGGGAGCAGAGUCAGCCUCAUGGUUUAUGACCCUGACUACAUGAAGGUGGUCCUGGGAAGAUCAGACCCAAAGAAUCAUGGUUCAUACAGAUUCCUGGCUCCCUGGAUUGGAUAUGGUUUGCUCCUGCUGAAUGGGCAGACCUGGUUCCAACACCGGCGGAUGCUGACCCCAGCCUUCCACUAUGACAUCCUGAAGCCCUACGUAGGGCUCAUGGCUGACUCUGUCCGAGUGAUGCUGGACAAAUGGGAGGAGCUCAUCAGCCAGGACUCUCACCUGGAGAUCUCUGAACACAUCUCCUUGAUGACCCUGGACACCAUCAUGAAGUGCGCCUUCAGCCAGAAGGGCAGCGUCCAGACAGACAGCAAAUCCCAAUCCUACAUCCAGGCCAUUAGGGAUGUGAAAACUCUCUUUAUUUCUCGAGUGAGGAAUUUCUUCUACCAGAACGACAUCAUCUACUGGCUGACUCCUGAGGGCCGCUGGAACCAGCGGGCCUGCCAGCUCGCCCACCAACACACAGACAGAGUGAUCAAGCUGAGGAAGGCACACCUACAGGAGGAGGAAGAGCUGGAGAAGGUCAGGAGAAAAAGGAACUUGGAUUUCCUGGACAUCCUCCUCUUUGCCAGAAUGAAGAAUGAGAGUAGCUUGUCUGACAAGGACCUCCGUGCUGAAGUGGACACAUUCAUGUUUGAGGGACAUGACACCACAGCCAGUGGCAUCUCCUGGAUCCUCUAUGCUCUGGCUACCCACCCUGAGCAUCAGCAGAGGUGCCGCAAGGAGAUCCAGAGCCUCCUGGGGGAUGGUGCCUCCAUCACCUGGGAUCACCUGGAUCAGAUGCCCUACACCACCAUGUGCAUCAAGGAGGCACUGCGACUCUAUCCACCUGUACCAGCUGUUGGCAGAGAGCUCAGCAAGCCCAUCACCUUCCCUGAUGGACGCUCCUUACCCAGAGGAAUCCAUGUCUCACUUAACUUUUAUGCACUUCACCAUAAUCCGAAGGUGUGGCCUAACCCAGAGGUGUUUGACCCUUCCCGUUUUGCACCGGGUUCUGAUUCACACAGCCAUGCUUUCCUGCCCUUCUCAGGAGGAUCAAGGAACUGCAUUGGGAAGCAUUUCGCCAUGAAGGAGCUGAAGGUGGCCGUAGCCUUGACCCUGCUUCGCUUUGAGCUGGCGGCAGAUCCUCUCCAAGCUCCCAUCCCCCUCCCAAAUAUCGUCUUGGAAUCCAAGAAUGGGAUCCACCUGAAGCUCAGAAAGCUCCUCUAGUCCUUGUUGGGACAAGGGCAAGCUCUGAGGAACUCCUUCCUGCCCUUCCCUGUCUAUCUCCCCAAUUCCUGCUUUCCACCUGCACACCUGCCCUUCCACCUGAUGUCCUCCUUCGCAUCCUCUGCCCGUCUGCCCCUUUCUCUGUACUUUUCACUUUCUGCCUGCUUGUGCUUCUCUGGAUUCAUCUCCUUUAGCUGCUAUAAUAAUUUACCACAGCCUCAGUGACUUAGAACACCACAAAUUUCUUCUCUUAGGGUUCUGGAGUCAGAAGUCUGACAUGGGUUUCACUGGACCACAACCCAGGUGUGGGCAAGGCCACCCAACCUCCAGGGCUCUAGGAGAGAUCCUCUGUCUUUGUCUUUCCAGCAUCUAGAGCUGCAUUAUUACUUCUUUGGCUCCUGGAGCCAUCUUGCAUAUUCAAAUCCAGCAGCAUCUUCAAAUGUCUCCUUGCUUCUGUCUUCACAUUGCCUUCUCUUUUAUGAGGACAUCUAUGAUUACAUGGGCCACACAGAUGAAACAGGACAUAGUCACACCUGGCAGGGAAUAGACUGUGGACAUCUUGGGAGCCAUUCUUGAGCCUAAUUGGUCCCCGUGUGACUACCAUCAGUUUGUGUUCCUGGUGGCCUUCUGUGUGUUUCCUACCCAUUUGUCAUCUCCACACCCUCUCCUUCUUUCUUCCUCCCUGGAAAAAAUUUUACAAUGUCAA